AUGUCGAGUGUUCAUACGAUAAACAGCAGCGCGGCCGCGUCGGGCGCCAACGGCACACGUUCUAAACGAGGAGUGCAGCUCGCACGCCUCGGGCGGAUGUUCCAGAGCAACCUCAGCCCUCAACGGUCUCGGUCGUUAUUGCAAUUCGCCGCCGCCAGCGCCAGCUGCGCGCUCACGUGGUUGCACCUGCGCGCCACCCAGGGGCCCUUCUCCUAA